AAACGCAGUGGAACUGGCUUUUAAGUAGAGUUGAGUUUGAGGGCUAUAGAGGAACAGAUAAACCCUUGCAUACUGAGAUUUGAACAAAACAUCCUAAUCCUAACGUUUCAGUCAUUUAGAAGACGCUCUUAUCCAGAGAGACAAUUAGGGUUAAAUUCCUUGCUCAAGGGCAUAUCAACAGAUUUUUCAAUUAGUCGGCUCGGGGUUUCGAACCAGCGACCUUUCAGUUACUGGCCCAACGCUCGUAACCGCUAGGCUCCCUGAUCUGUUACAGAAUAAAAUCAACAAUAGCCUAGAAGGAGAUGGGUCUUUUGAUUAUGGUUACCUACUAUUCGGAUUUCUCAAGAACAAGGCAACGACACCCCACCCCCUCCCCCUCCAUCCCGUAUGGGCGUAAUGUGUUGCUCUGCUCAUAGGAUCAAACUUCCCAAGUCCAUGUUCGUGACCAGGAUUCCAAAUCGAGGAGUGAUGGCGGCGUCUGCACCUUCCUCCUCUGGCGGGGAACCGGAUCCCAACUCGACAAAUUUACGACCACCAGGCACAAGAUUUUUACAGAAGAACAAUAACCUCGAGGAGAAGAUUAGUUCCUUCAAGGAAAGAUCGUCUAAGGACCUGCUUGAUAACAGCGACAGGGAUUCCCGUUUCAGACGCACGGAGACGGACUUUUCCAAUCUGUUUGCUAGAGAUUUAUUACCAGCCAAAAAUGGAGAGGAGCCAACCAUGCAGUUCUUGUUGGAGGUGGUGGAUAUUCUCACAAACUACGUCCGGAAGACCUUCGACAGAUCCACCAAGGUCCUGGACUUCCACCACCCCCACCAGCUGCUGGAGGGCAUGGAGGGCUUCAACCUGGAGCUGUCCGACCAGCCUGAGUCUCUGGAGCAGAUCCUGGUGGACUGCAGGGAUACCCUAAAAUAUGGAGUGAGAACAGGUCACCCAAGGUUUUUCAACCAGCUGUCCACUGGUUUAGACAUCAUUGGGUUGGCAGGAGAAUGGCUCACCUCCACUGCAAACACUAACAUGUUCACCUAUGAGAUCGCUCCAGUCUUUGUGCUCAUGGAACAGCUGACGCUGAAGAAGAUGAGGGAGAUCAUUGGCUGGCCUGAUGGAGAGGGCGAUGGGAUAUUCUCACCAGGUGGAGCGAUUUCCAAUAUGUACAGUGUGAUGACCGCCCGCUACAAGUUCUUCCCUGAAGUCAAGACCAAAGGCAUGACUGCUGCCCCCAGAUUGGUGCUCUUCACCUCGGAGCACAGUCACUACUCUAUAAAGAAAGCCAGUGCUGCUCUGGGCUUUGGAACAGAAAACCUGAUCCUGUUGAGCACAGAUGAGAGAGGGAGAGUCAUUCCUGCUGAUUUGGAAGCCAAGGUCAUUGAUGCCAAGGCGCGGGGUUGUGUCCCAAUGUUCGUGAAUGCUACAGCUGGUUCCACAGUGUAUGGAGCGUUCGACCCCAUCCAUGAGAUUGCCGACAUCUGCGAGAAAUACAACAUGUGGCUACAUGUUGAUGGUGCAUGGGGAGGAGGCCUACUGAUGUCCAGGAAGCACAGGCACAAGCUGCGUGGCGUGGAGCGGGCCAACUCAGUCACCUGGAACCCUCACAAGAUGAUGGGUGUGCCACUGCAGUGCUCUGCCAUUCUGGUCAGAGAGAGGGGAGUUUUAUCAGGCUGCAACUCGAUGUGUGCUGGCUACCUCUUCCAACCUGACAAACAGUACGAUGUAUCGUACGACACGGGGGAUAAGGCCAUCCAGUGUGGACGACACGUAGAUAUCUUCAAAUUCUGGCUCAUGUGGAAAGCAAAGGGAACAAUAGGGUUUGAACACCACAUCGACAAGUGCUUGGACCUCUCGCAUUAUCUCUAUACUAAAAUCAGGGACCGUGAGGGCUAUCAGAUGGUGUUCGAGGGAGAGCCCCAGCACACGAAUGUCUGCUUCUGGUACCUUCCGCCAGGCAUUCGUGACAUGCCCGAUGGUCAAGAGAGGCGGGACAGGUUGCAUAAGGUGGCCCCCAGGAUCAAGGCGUUGAUGAUGGAGUCUGGAACUACCAUGGUGGGCUACCAGCCUCAGGGAGACAAGGUCAACUUCUUCCGCAUGGUCAUCUCCAAUCCUGCCGCCACCAGGUCAGAUAUCGACUUCUUGACCGAUGAGAUUGAGAGACUGGGGCAUGACUUGUAAGGGCCACGCUCAGUAGGAGGAUGUUGCCCUUUGACCUUUCCGUCUCAGCUUUGUCAUGUCCAGCUCGAAAAAGACCCUGAACUACAGCAAGCUUCAUAUUCCUGUUGUCUCUUGACCAAUCAUGUAGGACUUUGAAACUUCAGCUGCUUGUAGGACCUUUUUAGGUAAGCUGUGAUCCGUCUCAUGUGUUUCCUGUCUGUUCUGUCUUUUAGCAGUGACUAUGCCAUAGUUAAAUCUAACAAAAACUAUUGUACAGUAUAGCCUACAUAAGAGAAUACAUAUUCAAAUCCUGAGUGACCUUGAGAGAUCUUUUUCAGUAGGAGACAGAGCACAAUGCAAAGGACCUCAUGGCAUGGAUGUGUACAGUAUUGUAAGUUACUGUAUAUAUACAGUAUACCUAGAUGUAUAUAUACAGUAUAUUAUAAUGUACUGACUAUUGGUGCUGUGUGUUGUCCAUGUAAUUAUUAGGCCAGAUGCACUAUAUGAAACACUACAUUAUAUCCUGGCUGCUCUUCCCCUUUCAUAUUAAGUAGAGGGAAUAUAACACAGUUAUUGUAACAGGUACUGUAUUCUGUUGCUGCAUUUGUGAUAAUGAAUUUUGGGGAGAUUGUGUAUAGUAUGGUUACAUUGCUUUUGUGGCAAAUAUAUAUGUCCUAGUUUUUCAGUAACACAUGUUCUAAUGAUUAUAAAAACACUAAAUAUACAUCAUUUAAUAGACAAAUCACUUUAUUUAUAUCCAGACAGUAUAUGUGUGAAAUAGUUACCGAUUCCAUUUGUAAUGUGUCCUUACUUGUAUUUUGAAACAGUACUGUAUAUUACCCGAAUGUUUUGAAUAAUGAGAUUAAAGGUAUUUUAGUGUAUUUGUGAACCAAAGAAGGGUAUACUGACAAAUAUAUUUGUCUAUAUAUAUAUAUAGACAGUGGGGCAAAAAAGUAUUGUCAGCCACCAAUUGUGCAAGU